UUUAACAAUUGAAACAGCGACUUUGACAUUUCGCUGUGAGUUCGCUGACAUUUGAUAUAAUUUGAUAUAUUUAUUAAAACAAAUAAAUUAGACCAUAUUUUAAAAAAUAUUUUUGGCUAUUACUUGGGUGAUUUUUUUAAAGAAAUUAAAAUAAUAAUAUUUUUAUUCAAGUGUAAUGAGACAAAUUUAUAACGUAUAAAGUUAAUGCUUUGCUAGUUAGACCUAAUAUUAUGGUAGUAUUUAAUACAAUGGAAAGUGUUGGUAAUUUGGAAGAACAAGCGCUUAAAAGAAAAGAAAGACUGAAAAAUCUUAAACGUAAAUUGCCAAACGAAGAAACUUCUACUGAUGACGCGAAAAAUGAACAAAUUGUUCUUCCAAAACCAAAAUUCAGAAGUUACAAACCUCAAGAUGAAACAUUGCAAAAGGAAAAAUUGGAGGAUGCCAAGCCUUCUUUUGUAGAAGAGGAAGUAAAAGAUUUAGUGGAAGCAGGCAAAGAAAAGGUGGUAUUACAAGAUUUGGAUAUAUCAAGUUUAGCUCCUCGAAAACCUGAUUGGGAUUUAAAACGCGACGUUGCAAAGAAAUUAGAGAAAUUAGAAAGGAGAACACAAAAAGCAAUUGCUGAAUUAAUUUGGGAAAGACUUCAACAAGGUAAUCAAGAAAAUUUAAGUGCUAUGGUAACUAUGAAUGAAAUAAAACCAACUGAAGAUGACUAAUUUUUUUACUGUAUUUUAAAUUUAUUAUGAGAUAAGUUAUAAAAUA